GUUUUUCGGUCUGUACAUUGGAGCGAGUAGGUUUUCCUAUGUUUAUUUCCAAGUACAGAUGCGAACGGAGAAGAAUUUCCUUUGAUAAUGAUUAAACUUAUUUGCUGUAAGAGGCAGCUGAAUGUUUACUUUGGACAUUUAACAUCGUUGAUCCUUCAACCUUUUGAAAUAUUACAAUCAGUCCAAUACUCAUAUUUCCGCUCAAUCAAAGGGGGCGAGUUUUUCGAUCUGUACAUUGGAGCGAGUAGGUUUUCCUAUAUUUAUUUCAUAGUACAGAUGCGAACGGAGAAGAAUUUCCUUUGAUAAUGAAUAAACUUAUUUGCUGUAAGAGGCAGCUGAAUGUUUACUUUGGACAUUUAACAUCGUUGAUCCUUCAACCUUUUGAAAUAUUACAAUUUGUCCAAUACAUAUUUCCGCUCAAUCGAAGGGGGCGAGUUUUUCGAUCUGUACAUUGGAGCGAGUAGGUUUUCCUAUGUUUAUUUCCUAGUACAAAUGCGAACGGAUAAGAAUUUCCUUUGAUAAUUG